CGAACAGACCCAGUCGCCUCGACUUGCCCAUAAUCGUUCAUUUCACUACAUUAUCAUUCGCUGAUCUAGCUAGAUUUUGCAGUAGCUGACACAUCUGGUGCGUAGGGAGAAUCAAUCUUGACUGCUGAUCGCGCAUGAAGUGAUAUCUCACCGCAUUGGGAUCAAUGCCGAGCGGUGCCUCCUCCGCGGUCUACCAGGCAUUGAUGAACCAUAGACCGCGAAUACGCCGAGUGCUUACAGGACUAUAAGAUGGCAUCCUCGCUGCAGGUUCAUGCUGGACUGCUCAACAUCUAAGUAAACAAUUUGCGACGAGUAAAGCAGCUUCAAGAUGGCGACUGACCACAGCAACGUUGAGCUCAUACCUGGCACGGAGAUCGUCCAGGACAGCUCAGCACAGAAGACAUUGAUACCCACGCCCUCUUCUGAUCCCCGCGACCCUUUGAACUGGACCCGGAAAUGGAAGCUCAUGGUAAUGGCCUCGCAAUGGCUCUUCACUUGGAUCUCCGUCACUGGUGCUCUGUCCAUUGCGCCCAUGUUCCCUCUCUUGGGUGCGCAGUUUCAUCUCAACAACAACCAGUUGGCUAUGCUGACUGGUAUCACCGUCAUCACACUCGGUUUCGCCAACUUCAUCAUCGUGCCGCUCUCCAACAUUUUUGGUAGACGCGCUGUCAGCCUGGUAUUCUCGGUACUGAUUCUGUUGUCAUGUGUGUGGCAGGCAUUGGCAACCAGUCAUAGCAGUCUGCUGGCGGCGCGUGCCGUAAACGGUCUGGUCUGUGCGACGAGCGAAAGUAUCCCUGUGCAGAUGAUUGCGGACGUCUUCUACCAGCACGAGAGAGGCCUCUGGACCGGAGUUUAUUUCACUGGCUACUUCAUGGGAGCCUUCCUUGGUCCAAUCAUGGCGGGAUCUAUGGCAGCCCACUAUGGGUGGCAGUCAUUCUUCUGGCUAGAAACAGCAUUGUCCGGUGUUUCCAUUAUCCUCAUCGCACUCACCUUUCCUGAGACAAAGUACCAUCGCGGUAAUGCGACGUUCAUCAUUCAGACUGGUAGCGACAACGUCAGCAGCGACGGCCAGAGCAACCUUGAGAAGCAGACGACGCAGGCUGGGAUUCAAGACUCCGAACGAAAUUCGCUAGAGACACCCAUUGCCGUGCAAGGGCGCCCCUCACGUGCGCAGUUCAUGCCGUUCAUGAAGCCAGAUGCUCGGUGGAAGAUGUUUGUUGUGCGCGACACUUGGACGCCGAUCAAAGUCUUCUUCAACCCAAUCAUCCUAUGGGCAGGGCUGAUGCUUGCUGGACCAGCUGAUAUCCUCCUCUUCUUCAACCUCACAGAGUCGCCAGUGCUCGCCGCACCACCUUACCUUUUCAAGCCAGACCAAGUCGGCUACACAAACUUCGCAUUCGCAGUAGGUGCACUGUUUGGUCUGGCGACGGCAGGUCCAUACUCCGACUGGGUAUCUGCUCGCGCAGCGCGUAAGAACGGCGGUGUACGCGAAGCGGAGAUGCGACUGCCCGCAUUGUUCAUCUACAUGAUCAUUACCAUGCUCUCGAUAAUCCUCGGUGGCGUCGCAUACCAGCAACAAUGGGCAUGGGGUCAUAUCGUCGUUUGGGGCUAUGGGUUCGCCGGCCUUAGUGUCACAACCGUGCCCACCAUCGCCAUCGCAUACGCGAUCGACUGCUACAAACCUAUCUCCGGUGAGAUUAUGGUUGUCGCGACAGUCUGCAAAAACUUCAUCGGUUUCUCGUAUAGUUACUGGGUUUUUGAUCUUGCCCACGAGAGCAAGAAUGGGUGGAUCACCCCCGCCAUGGUCAUUUUCGCUUGUGCGAUGGGGCCUGCACUGUUCGUCUUCCCACUGUACUUUGGGUUAGGCAAGAGAAUCAGGCAAUGGACGAAGGAUAGCGAUGUCCAUCGCAUGGAAGAAGUAAUCUAG